UCCUGGAACUCACUCACUCACAUCCUCACUCUCACUCUCCUUCCCUCCCUCCCCACUCUUGCUUAUUAAUCCAUCCCUCCUCUUCUCUUAAUCCCCAUCCCCAAAUCUCCAAUGGCUUCUCCCAAUCCGCCUCCGCCGCCUCGCACCGUCCUCCUCCUCCUGCUGCUGCUCCUCUUCCCGCACAAUGCCGCCGCCGCCGCCGCGUCCACGGCGGUGAACCCGUUCACGGCGAAGGCGGCCUUCAUCCGGUACUGGAACCGCAAGGUGCCCAACAACCGCCCGCAUCCGGCCUUCUUCGUCGCCAAGCUCUCUCCCCUCCCGGCCGCCGACUCCGCCUCCUUCCCCUCCGCGCUGCCCGACAUCCGCGCCCGCCUCCCCGCGCUCUGCUCCCGAGCCGGGCUCCUCUGCGCCGGGCCGGCCUCCUCCGCCGGCGCCGACGCCGACGCGGCGUCGCUCGCCGCGGCGGCGGGGACCCGAGGCGGGGGCCCGUUCAAGGGCUACAGCAACGCCAACUUCUCCAACUACGGCAGCGGCGGCGACGGCGGGGCCGACUCGUUCCGGAGCUACUCCCCGGACCUCAACAUCGCCGCCGACUCCUUCCGCCGCUACGCGCGCGACUCGUCGGACCGCGCCGACCGCUUCGAGUCCUACGAGGCCGACGGCAACGUCGUCACCGCUAACUUUACCUCCUACGCCGGCGGCUCUACGGGCGGGUCGGGCACCUUCGCCUCCUACGCCGCCGAGACAAACGUCCCGGACUCCACCUUCACCAACUACGACGCCGCCGCCAACGGCCGCGGCCGCGGCUUCGCGUCCUACGCCCAGGAGGCCAACCACGGGGAGAACGGCUUCUCCGGCUACGGCAAGAACGGCAACGGCGUGCGCGAGACCUUCACCUCCUACGGCAACGAGUCCAACGUCAUGGCGUCCGCCUUCGCCAACUACGGCGAGUCCGGCAACGGCGCCACCGACACCUUCUCCAGCUACGGCGUCGAGGGGAACGUCCCCGAGAACACGUUCCGGAGCUACGGCGCCGGCGGGAACGCCGGCGUCGACACCUUCAAGAAGUACCGCGACGACGCCAACGUCGGCGACGACAGGUUCUCCUCCUACGCCAAGGGUGCCAACGGCGGCGGCGCCGAGUUCCAGAGCUACGGCAACUCGGCCAACCCGGGGAGCACCACAUUCAAGGGCUACGGCGAGGGCACCAACCCCAACCACCACAUCGGCUUCAAGGAGUACGCCGGCGAGAACAACACCUUCAAGGGCUACGCCAAGACCGGCGUCGACUUCAAGGGGUACCACAACACCUCCGGCUCCACCGCCGCGCUCACGGUGUCGGCGGAGGCGGCGGCGUCCAUGCAUCACCAGCACCUCAAGUGGUCGCCGGAGCCCGGCAAGUUCUUCAGGGAGCGGGAGCUCGUCGCCGGCAACCGCAUGCCAAUGCCGGACAUCAGGGACAAAAUGCCGCCCCGGGCGUUCCUGCCCCGGGACAUCGCCGCCAAGAUACCAUUCGAUCCCAACGCCGUGUCCGAGGUGUUCGGGGUGCCCCUCGACACGGCGAUGGGGAAAGCCGUGGCGUCCACGGUGGCUGAGUGCCAGCGCGCGCCCAGCAAGGGCGAAACGAAGCGGUGCGCCACCUCGGCGGAGGACAUCGUGGACUUCGCUGUCGAGAUGCUCGGCAACGACGUCGUGGUGCGGAGCACGGCGUCCACGGCCGGCAGCGGCGGGGACAUCCGGCUCGGCGCCGUCACGGGCGUGGACGGCGGCAAGGUGACCCAGUCCGUGUCGUGCCACCAGAGCCUGUUCCCGUACCUGGUGUACUACUGCCACUCGGUGCCCAAGGUGCGGGUGUACGAGGCCGACAUAAUGUCCGCCGCGGCCGACGGUGGCUCCGGCGAGAAGAUCAACCACGGCGUGGCCAUCUGCCACCUCGACACGUCGGACUGGAGCCCGACGCACGGCGCGUUCGUCGCGCUCGGCGGGAAGCCCGGCGAGGUCGAGGUGUGCCACUGGAUCUUCGAGGGCGACAUGACGUGGACGGUUGCAGACUGAACAAUCCUCUUCUUGUUCUUGAGGGCUAAGAACUAGUAAGAAGGAUCGGCAAUUUUUUUUUUCUUCACUGCUUUCUCAUCAACCUGCCUUAAGGUGGUAAGAAUUUGUGCGAUUUGUGUAGGAGAUCGAAAAAGGGUUGGUAAGUCAGUAAUCAGAUGUAAACUGUAAAUCCCGGGAAAUCUUUGGGAGGGGGAGGUGUGGGUGAUUCGAUUAUCUUGAUCGAAUUGCCUUUUGUCGCGGUGGUGAAAAUCAGAACAAGAUAGUUCUUCAAAACUAAAAGCUUGGUCAAAUUUCAGCUAAAAGUGGUGGGCUUUAAGUACGUCUUGUCAUUUUCAGUGUAUAUGUAGCAGAUCUCAGAAGCACAUAGCAGUUCACUUCCUGAUCUCUGAAAAAGAGUGACUGUAAAGUGCGAGCUUGUAACCGAAGCUUCAUGUUUGGAUAUGCGUAGCCUUUUGUAACCA